AUUUGGGCAUUACCCUAUCCUCCAUUUCCUUCAUUACCCAAUUAGGGAUUCUCAUUGUGGUUGGAAAUGGACAGGGAGAGGAUCGCGAAGUUGAUUCGGAAUUGCUCGAAGGGUUCACUUCUCGGAGUUGGAAUUCAACUCCAUGGGGCUGUGUGGAAGUCGGGAUUUGUCUCUGAUAUCAUAUUGAGCAAUGAUCUUAUAGAUAUGUAUGGGAAGUGUGAGAGAAUAGAUGCGGCACGUAAGGUGUUCGGUGAAAUGCAUGAACGAAAUGUGGUGUCCUGGACCGCGCUCAUGGUUAGUUUCUUACAACAGGGUAAUGCUGUUGAGUCUCUUAAACUAUUUCAUGAAAUGGGGUUUUCGGGUGUUCGGCCGAACGAGUUUACGCUGUCGACUAAUCUGAAAGCUUGUGGCGUUUUGGGUAAUGCCAAAUAUGGGACUCAGAUACAUGGAUUGUGUUUUAAAACCGGUUUUGAAUCGCACUCUGUAGUGGGGAAUUCGGUUGUAUUCAUGUAUUCUAAGAGCUGUAGAAUUGAGGAAGCGAAGCGGAUGUUUGAUAUAAUGCAAUUAAAGAAUCUUAUUACUUGGAAUGCCAUGAUUUCAGGCUAUGUACAUGGAGGAAAAGAGAGGGACUCUUUACUUCUAUUCAAAGCGAUGCGAGAACUCCUCCACUUGCCCGAUGAAUUCACCUUUGCCAGUUUAUUAAAAGCAUGUGGUGGUCUCGGAGCUUUUCACGAAGGAACCCAACUUCAUGCUUCCAUCAUAACCAGUGGGAUAUGUAGUUCGCACAAUUCAAUUCUCUCAGGGGCACUUAUUGAUCUCUAUGUUAAAUGUCGGGAUAUACCGCAAGCGAAGAAAGUGUUUGAUCAAAGCAUGGUGAAGAAUGCAAUACAAUGGACGAACCUUAUCAUAGGCUAUGCACAGGAAGGGCUUUUAGAAGAAGCCGUGGAUCUAUUUCGUCAGCUUUGGAAAUCGGGGAUCCGAGUCGAUGGUUAUGUUCUUUCUAGCGUCACUGGUUUAUUUGCAGAUUUUGCUCUAAUAGAGCAAGGAAAGCAAGUUCAUUCUUUUGUGAUCAAGGACCCAUCUGGAUUAGAUCUAUCUGUAUCGAACUCGCUUAUCGAUAUGUACUUUAAGUGUGGACUCAUUGAAGAAGCUGAAACUCUUUUUGGAGAUAUGCAAUUAAAAAAUACUGUAUCAUGGACAACGAUGAUCAAUGGCUAUGGAAAGCAUGGGAAUGGCCUUGAUGCAAUAAAAAUGUUUGAAUUGAUGCGAGUGGAAGGAAUUGAGCCUGAUGAGGUAACCUUCUUAGCCUUGCUAUCAGCAUGUAGCCACGCUGGCUUAAUAAAAGAAUGUCGAUUCUAUUUCAACAAAAUGGUCCGUGAAUUAGGGUUCAGGCCGAAAGUUGAGCAUUAUGCUUGCAUGGUUGAUCUCCUUGGCCGAGCCGGCCAGUUACAAGAAGGUAAAGAUCUUAUACUUAGCAUGCCAAUGAAACCUUCUCCUGGUAUAUGGCAGACACUUCUGAGUGCAUGUCGGAUGCACAGAGACUUGGAAAUUGGUAAGGAAGUGGGAGACAUAUUAAUAAAAAUGGAUGGUUUUAACCCUGCGAACUAUGUAAUGCUGUCAAACAUUUUUGCAGAGGCAGGGAAGUGGAGGGAGUGUGAGAGAGUAAGGGAGAGAAUGAGAAGGAAAGGGUUGAAGAAACAAGGAGGGUGCAGUUGGGUUGAGAUAAAUAAAGAGGUGCAUUACUUUUACGGAGGCGAUGAUAGCCAUCCAAUGAAUGAUGAGGUACAUAGAGUUCUAAAGGAGGUCGAGAAGAGAAUGAGAGAAGAGUUGGGGUAUGAAUUCAUGGUUAGCUCUGUGUUGCAUGAUGUAGAGGACGAGUCGAAGGAGGAAAGCUUGAGAGCGCACAGUGAGAAACUGGCUAUUGGGUUUUGGUUGGCAAGAGAGGGCUUAGAGAAGAAAAAGAAGGGAUGUGAGGAGGUGAUUAGGGUUUAUAAGAACCUUAGAGUGUGUGGGGAUUGCCACAAGUUUAUCAAAGGAUUGUCGAGGAUGAUCGGGAGGGUGCUAGUGGUGAGAGAUGCUAAUAGGUUUCAUAGGUUUGAAGGUGGCUUUUGUUCUUGUGGAGAUUACUGGUGAGCUCCCUGAGAUGUGGAACUAGUAGACAAUUGUUUUGACUAGAUAUUAACACAGAAUUUUACGUGGUUGGAUCGCAACAUCACCAACUUCAUUGCAUUAAAAAGAUCAAUAGUUUGCAAAACUGAGAAUUGUGAAGAAUCAGCUUUUCUGUUGAUUAUUAAAUGAAAUCCAAGGGUUCUGUUUUGGGAUCUUGUAAUCUGCAUUGAUUAGUUGCGGUAUUGUAUGGGUUUAUGGUCCAAUGUUUGAAGCUUGGUAUAGUUAGUUUCCAGUUGACUGAAUCACUGAACCAAGUAUAGCCGCAGGAAGGGCUGAAAACUGAUGAAUUUUAUGAUACACAUAAAAUCUCAUUUAAUGUUGAAUGAUCAAAUCUACGAGUUCGUACAUCCAUUUGCAACUGUUAAGAAGGAUUAUUUGCUGUAACUGGAGCCAGCUGCAGUUAGAAUUGUUGGGAUCUGUUCUUCGGGAGCUGCAUUUCAUGUACAGAUGACUUCGAAUUUGUUGACGGAUCGACACAACAAAAUGAGCCUUGGAGGUUGUUAAUGCAUUAUAUUCUGACCCAUUCUCAAUUCCCUGUUCUUUUCUGUUUGAGUUGGUUGGACCUGGCACAGCCAAUUACUACUCAUCCAGCCAGUUUCUUCUAACCAUUUGAUUAAGAGAUGAGGAUUGUCGAUGAAGAGGAAUCAAACUAAAGGUGCAUAUGAAGAAUCACAAAGCAUCAUAUUAAAUGGCUAAGGUCGGAAAAUUAUAUGAAAACUGUACUCCAAUAUGGGGAGAAGAAGCAACGGUCGAAACGCACAAGUCAGAAUAUCCAGCCACGGCAACGGGCCACAUAUAAUUCUGGGCAUGUUUGUUUCAUCCAAUCUCCGCCACGAAAAUCCUUCACCUUGCUGAACUGCAAGUACAGACGAUUGCGGGAAAUCGACGAACUCACAGAUUGGAGGCUGGGAGCUGAUGAGAGAAAACGGUUUGUGACCACCGGCACCGACUUUGUGUACAGCAUGGAAGCCACCAUUUUGCCCCAUUCUACGGUGAAGUAGUCUAAGAUUGGGUGCAUUGCCCGGAACUCGCAAACUCUGCCCUCUUCCAACCCCAGAAAAACAAAUAUACCCUUAUUCUCCGAAAGCAGUUUGUAUUUCUAAACUCCGUAAUGAAAUUCUACAUUGUUCUA